AUGGCUGCCCAGGCUACUUUCAAGUCUAUCAGGUCCUUGGUUCCUCUCCUCGACCGCGUUUUGGUCCAGCGCUUCAAGCCCGAAACCAAAACUGCCUCUGGCAUCUUCCUGCCAUCGUCUGCAACCAACAACCCCUUGCCUGAGGCCACCGUCAUCGCUGUUGGCCCUGGGGCUCCCAACAAGGACGGCGUCAUCGUUCCCACCACCGUGAAGGCUGGUGACCGCGUUCUGCUUCCUGGUUGGGGAGGAAACGCCAUUAAGGUCGGCGACGAGGAAUACUACCUUUUCAAGGACUCGGAGAUUCUCGCCAAGAUCAACGAAUAG